UUGACGCCGCGAGAUCUCUCUUGGGGGAAAAACAGAAAAAAAAAACACUUAAAGAAAAAAAAGAUUAAAAAACGCUUCCUUUCUUCGUAUCGGAAUAUACACGAAAUAACAACCAACGCCAUGAUGAAGUUCGUACUGUGUCUGUCCCUCCUGGCGGCGUGCGCGUCAGCGGGAGAGGCCGAAGGGGCGCCGAAGACCUUCUCCGACGACGUGCUCUCCGAGGUGGUCCUCCGGCUGGUGGAGGCGGCGCGCUCCACCUCCUACUCGUCCCUCCUCACCCUCAACGUCACCAACAUCAUCAUCCUCGCCUUCGUCGCCUUCAUCGCCCUCGGAUACUUCGGCUUCAUCGAUGUAGGACUCGGUCUCGGCCGGUCCUUCGGGAGUUCCUCGGACCUCGACCUCUCCGCCGUCGGGAAGGCCGUGUCCUCCUUGGCCCCGCUCGUCCACCAGGCCCUCGAGACCUACAGCAGCCUGCAGGAGGAGUCCUCUCGUCACGAGUCCUAGGCCUCCGACAAAGAAUGGAAUGAAGACGUAGCCCACUUUAUGCUCGUAGCUCUUGCGUGACGUCAUCGCUAGCAACUAUGUGCAAUGGCGACGUCUCAUUGGCUGCUCCCUGCUGUUACCUCCUCAAGACCACCCCUUGUGACGCCAUGCUUUAUGUCAGUCUGUUUAUAUAACAUCGCGCUUAAAAAUUAAUGUGUCAUGACGUCAUCAUAAGUGCCACUUCCUCUUAGAUAUUAAAUCUUUUUUCAAGGUGCCACUUCCUCUGUGAUACCACCUAGAGCUGUCAUUAUCUUCCCUAUAAUACUUGAUACCAGAAGUCUCUAACCAAGCCAUCUUGCUUUGACAGCCAACCUGGAGCAAGUUGGCUUGCUUAAAAUACGCCUUGUUAUACAUAUUUCCAUGACAACGAAGCCCAAACUUUUUUUUUCUUAAUAUAUCUUGUAUUUUUGAUACUCCAAACGUUCUCCUGACGUAAAUUAUUGAACUAUUUAAUGCAACACACAGUUUGUCUUGUCUGUUGUUAUUGUUGUUAUUGUUGUCACGUUUUCUUUGUAUUGCCAAAAUCAAUUAUUUAUGCUGGAACUAUUUGUCAUCUCCAAGUGCCUUUUUCAAGCACACAUGCACACACACACACACACACACACACACACACACACACACACACACACACACACACACACACACACACACACACACACACACACACACACACAAAUAAAUAAAUUAAUAAAAUAAACAAAUAAACAAAUAAAAUUAAGUAAAAAGGUGCACACGCAUACACGCACACUCACACGCAGACGCACAAACACGCACACGCACACGCGCGCGGAGGGCAAUAGUUGCGGCGCGAACGAUAAUACUCAUCACCGGCGACCAAACGGCGUCGGAGUCAUGUUUAUGUUAAGAUUUUGUUGAUUGUUUGUUGAUAUAUUUAAUAAAAAUAGUCAAAGCAUA